UCAUUUUUGUUCAUGUCAUUUAUUUUCUUUUGUUUUUUUAGAUUGUACUCCGUGUCUUUCAUUCUUUUUAAAUUUCCAUCUUUUUCCGACAUUCUUGCACGUUUUUCUUUUCACGUUCAUAUUCUCGUUUUCAACUGCAGUUUUCUUCGUUUUCUAAAACAUAAAAUAAUAUGGCCGUUAGCCACUAUAGAUAAGAAUUUAUCGGUAAAAGUAAAAAUAAGGGGACCGGCGUUACGGGGGACCGUCGUUACAAAAUACGUUUAAUAUAUGUGUUUUGUAAUUCGCAAUAAUCUGAAAUUUAGCACAUAACCAUUUAAACAAACUGUUUUCAAUGCUUUAUUGAACAAACAUAAUACUUACGCUAUAAAAUUGAAAAUACCGUUUAUAUCAGUGGGGACCGUCGUUACUUUAGAAAACAUAUUUUUUCAAAUUACGAAUAAAUGAUGUAAAUAAAACGUGAAAACUACAACAACAGACAACUUACCUGUUUGGCCAUUUUUUUCACUCACUUUGUCAACUUGUCAGAAGCAGUCACAGCUUCUUUAGUUAAAAGCAAUGAUAACAAUAUCCAUAAAUGCUUACCAAACCUUAAAUGACGCAUUUGUAGGUACACAUUUAUUUAUUUUUUUUGUGCAACAAUAAAGCAAUUAAAAGACUUUUAAUCAUGUUUAAAUAAAUUUUCACGGUAUUGAGUUUACAAAAAUAAAUUAUACGUAAAUAACAUGAAUGCAGCAGUUGCCCACAAUACGAAGCAUUUUGUAAAUAUCGCCUGGGGACAGGGGACCGGCGUUACAUUUGUUAAAAGUUUUAUGGAAAACCACAACUGUGUACCACUUAAUAUUAGUGAACUGUGUAAUAUCUAAUAAUUAUAAAGUCAUUGUUUAUAAUAAAUUCAAUAUUAAAGAAAAAAUUAAAAGAAAACACAGAUAAAUGUGGUAAGAACACGUUUUUGCCCAUUAUCGUAUUUUGUCCCGUAUAGACUCCUCCUAUUUUGAUCAUUUUAGAUAGGAUUCAUUUGGCAAAAUUUUGGCCUGUCGCCAUCAAUUUUUUGGAGGGGAUAAGUAAUUAUAUUUUAAAUAAAAAUGUAUUAUGCUUAUCAUAUGUUUAAAACAUCUGCAAGAUUUCAAAGCAUUCGGUUUUGCAGAUUCAAAAUUAAAUUGUAGGUGAAACGAAGUUCACCGGGUCAGCUGGUUAUGCAAUAAAAUGAGCGGAUGUCACAAAAUUGUUGGUGAGGAUGUUAAGCCAAAUUUUGGUUAACGUUUUACCACAUACAUACAGACAGACAGACAGACAGAAGGAAACGGGAAUUCACUUUUUUCGUACUCUAGUGGUCAUAAAACAUUGAGAGAACAUGAAAGUGGCAAGUUGCAGGAUGGAUUCGAUUACUAUACCUCCUUAGCUUACGGUCAGGAAGUAAAAAAGUUAUAUUUUGUUUUCAACUACCACUGGAAAAAACGAUGGCUUUACUACCACACAAUGAAAAUACCAGGCCCUUUCAAUUUCCCGAUAAUUGGGGCUGCUUAUUUGUUAUUAGGAGGACGUAAAGAAUGUUUGAACGUUAUGUUGAAGCUUACAACACAGUAUCCACCAAUAUUUAAAAUGUGGAUUGGACCAGACCUGUAUGUUAGUACAACUCGACCAGAAGAUAUCGAAGUUAUACUUCCUAACGUGCUAAAUAAGGGUGAAAUUUACGAUUUAGCUAAGGAUUAUUUUAAUGGUUCCCUACUUAUUGCACCAUUAAACAUAUGGAAAGAACACAGAAAAAUCAUAAAUCAAACUUUCAACACAAAUGUACUAAAGUCUUUUGUGCCAAUACUAACCAAAUAUGCAAACAUUUUAAGUGAUAAUUUGAACAGCUCAGAACCGAAAGAUAUUUUUCCAGUUUUAUGGAAAUUUACAUUCGAGUCUGCAUGUGAAACUCUAGGAGACGUAGAUGCAAAUCUAUUAAAUGAGAAAGAUACAUUUUUAUCUGGAAUUUUCAGGUUUGAGGAUUUAUUAACAGAACGGUUUUUCAACCCAUUUUUACAAAGUGAUUUCUUUUGGAAAUAUUCUGCCCUUAAAAAAGAGGCAACAAUUAUCUCAAAGAAAGCUCGUGACUUCGUGGAACAAAUAAUACGUAUUAACCGAUGUUCCAAGAGUAAUAUUAGCCAACAAACGCAAGAUGUUGAAUACGAAUCUGUAAAAAAGAAACGUUUUAUAAAUUAUCUACUGGAACUGCAUGACACCAAGAAACUAACGCACGAAGAAAUUUUACAGGAAACUCCUCUCAUGCUUUUCGCAUCUAGUGAAACAACUGCAAUCGCCGUAAGUUCGGUGUUGCUAGUGUUAGGGCUUCAUCACGAUAUUCAGGAAAAAGUCUUCGAAGAAAUAACUUCAAUUUUAGGAAAUAGUGACAGAAACUUCACAACAGAAGAUAUAAACAGUAUGGAUUAUUUGGAACGUGUUAUUAAAGAAACUAUGAGAAUAAUUGCUCCAAUACCAUUCAUAUUAAGAACUUUAGACCGAGAUGUUGCUUUAGAUACAUAUGUUAUUCCGGCAGGUACGAGGAUGUUUUUUCCAAUUACAACUCUGCACAGAAGAGCAGAUUUGUGGCCCGAUCCUUUCAAGUUUGACCCAGAUAGGUUUUUACCUGAAGAAGUUCAAAAACGAAAUCGCUUUACUUAUAUUCCUUUUAGUUGCGGCGCAAGAAACUGUAUCGGUUCAAAAUAUGCCAUGUUAUCCAUGAAAAUCAUCCUUGCAACUAUUGUCAAGAAUUACAAAAUAUUAGAAACAGUUGAUUACAAAAAUAUCGAGGAUAUUGAAUUUUAUUUUUUCUUAGUAUCGAAAGCAAAAAAAGGUUAUCGAGUACUAUUCGAAAAAAGAAAUGAACAAAAGUCAUCCUAA